GCUAUUCUUCAGCCAGCCUCAAAACACACGACCAACGUCUUCACGCACAGCUGUGGACGACCAUGGCUGAACAAGACAAAUACGCCUCCCAUUGGGGCGCAAAGGCAAACAAUCCAACAUCAGAAUCUGUGCCCAUUCCUGUGCCGCGUGGUUCAGGUGCUGAGCAGGACCGGUUUGGAGGCCAUUUCAGCAGUGGAACGACCUCUCGAGAGAUUCCCGUGCCUGUCCCGACCGCUAUUCCUCGCGACGCCACUGCCGUGGGCCUUCUGAGGACCACGUUGCUACCAUCUUUGGGCCUGCACACCGGACUGUCCAUCGUCGCAUACACAGCCUCGCGGGUGGCCAAUCGAGUCGAUGGCAAAGACUGGCUGUGGCCGGCUGGGCAAGUUGCCAACGCUUGGUGGAGCGCCGUGGGCACACGAGUUGUGUAUGAUGGUGUCCCGAUCGGAGCUGCAUUUUCUUCCCUUGUUUAUCCUGACAAGGUCAUGCUCGGGGCUGUAACGGCUUGGGGUGCUCGCCUGUUCUACCAAGUCGUGUCCCGGUCGGUCAAGGCCAAGUCAGAUGAUGCUCGGUAUCUCGAAGCUAAGAAGGAGCCUGGGUUCUGGAACCAAGCAUUCUUCAAGAUCUUCCUUCCAGAGGCUGUCUUUCAGGCUCUCAUCUCGCUGCCUUUCACCCUGCCCUUCCGCAACCCAUACGCCAGUGCUCGCUCGUCCCUUUCUGCUCCUAUCGAAUGGGCCCACGACUUGGCUGUUGUCGUUUUCAGUGCCGGGUUUGCCCUUGAGGUCCUUGCCGACUACCAGCUUAACCGUCACAAGAAGACCGACAACGGGAAUUUGAAUCGUGAUGGUGUUUGGAGCAUUGUCAGACAUCCCAACUACCUCGGCGACGCCCUGGUUCACUUCUCCUUCCCUCUGUUCCUCUGGGGCUCCGGGAAGAUCCACCCGAUUGUCCUUCUAGGCCCAGUCGCCAACUACGCAUUCCUUCGCUACGUCGGCGGCGACGCUCAGAACGAAGCAGCACAGGCGCAACGCUAUGCGAAGACAAGCCCAGUCAAGGCCCAAGAAUUCUCCGAGUACAAACAGACCAAGAACAGCUUCUGGCCCAAGGUUCAGGAGGCCUCCAACCCGUGGACUCUGACAAUCCUUGGUGCUGGCGUUGGCGGACUGGUAUUGGAGCGUGUCUCUAUUAUCCUAUAA